AUGAGGAGGGAGCUUCCAUCUUCUCUCUGCUUCUUCUUCAUCCUCUUUUUAAAGAGCAAUUUAGACGUAGACUUUUUAGAUCAGAUUCCGAAACAACCCUAAUUCAUGAUUAGCAAGGAACUGGAGUGGAGGAAAAAAAAAGGAAAGACUCUAUAAUAGUUUUGGAUGCUGUUUAUAGGUGGAUAUGAAGUGAAACGUGUUAUUAUCAUUUUUCCUCCUUUUUUUUUUUUUUUUUUUUUUUUUUUUUUUUGCACUCUCACAGGAGACGUUUUGCUGAUGUCUUUCUCACGUCGGAUGCAUUUCAGAUGAGAUUUGCGAGAAGCAAAAAUAUUCCGCUUUUAUUUUCUCUCUUAAAACGAAGCAUCAUCAUCAUGCCUGCACGCGUGCAGUGUGUUUUCCCGGAGAAUGGAAGCGCAUGACGAGAGGGGAUUUACUAUUAUUCUCACACUUUUUUACCACCAUACACCCAGCUCAACUAAAUAGAGUCGCCGUUAUACCGAUCGUGGUGGGGGGGGGGUAAAUAAUUGGAUUUUAUAACAUCCACCUACUCAUCAGAAAAUAUAACAGCAAAAAAAAACAACUCGUGUUUGUUGUGUAUAGAACCGCGCGGUCAAAAAGGUUGGGCUAAGUUGCAUCUUUCUGUAAUGGUAAAAAGGCAGACGCGACCAGUGGAAUUUAGAGACCUUUUAGACCAGAUUAUCAGACAGAAACUGAGCAACUUCAGCGUUUCUCUAUAGGAUGUCGCGCCGCAAGCAAGCUAAACCAAGAUCACUGAAAGUAGAAGACAAUGUGACAGAGGACCAGCACAGUCCUGGGCAGACUGCCAUUCCAAGCGAUCCAGAGUGCGCCCUCGAGAGGGCGGCGGAGGAUGGUGAGCCCGGGCGUCUGAGGAAGAGGCUGCUCUCUCCGGAGGAAGGAGAAGAGGGAGAAGAGGACGACGAGGAGCCGGCGCUGCACAGCUGCGACAGCUGCCGGCAGGUGUUCGAGUCGCUGAGCGAUCUCACCGAACACAAGAUUAAUCAAUGCCAGCUGACAGACGGCGCUGAUCUUGAGGAUGACCCAUCAUGUUCUUGGCCGGCAUCAUCUCCCUCCAGUAAGGAUCAGACUUCUCCGGGACACUGCGAGGACUAUGAUUUUGGCGAGGAUGAAGGGGGCCCUGGCCUGCCAUACCCAUGCCAGUUCUGCGACAAGUCUUUCAGCCGCUUAAGCUUCCUCAAGCGUCACGAACAGAGCCACGGGGAUAAACUCCCUUUCAGCUGCACCUUCUGCAGUCGCUUGUUCAAGCACAAGCGCAGUCGAGAUCGACACGUGAAGCUGCACACCGGCGACAAGAAGUACCACUGUGGAGAGUGUGACUCCGCCUUUUCCCGCAGUGAUCACCUCAAAAUCCACAUGAAAACUCACGCCUCGAACAAACCCCACAAGUGCCCCGUGUGCCGCCGAGGCUUCCUCUCCUCCAGCUCCCUCCACGGCCACAUGCAAGUUCACGAAAGGGGCAAAGAUGGCAGCGGCUCGAGCCUCUCUAGAUCUGACGAAUGGAAGCUGAAAGAAACUCGCAAGUGCAGCCGUUGUGAGGAGGGCUUUGAUGUCCCAGAGGAGCUCCAGAGGCACAUCUCAGAGUGCCACCCUGAAUGCUCUCCGUCCGAGGAUGGAGGCCUGGGUGCCACCCUGCAGUGCAUUUACUGCCAUGAGCCCUUCAGUGAUGAGGGCACCCUGCUGACUCACAUCGACCAGGCCCAUAGCCGAGACAGGAAGGGCCACACCUGUGCUAUCUGCUCCGAGCACUUUCUGUCUGUCGAGGACCUCUACUCUCACAUGGACAUCCACCAGCUCCCCGAAUCCAGUAACCAUAGCAACAGCCCUUCUUUGCUGACUGUGGGCUACACCUCUGUCUCCAGCACCACUCCUGACUCCAACCUCUCAGUCGACAGCUCCACGAUGGUGGAGACAGCACCACCUGUGCCCAAGGCGAGGGGGAGGAGAAAGAGGGCCGCUCAGAACACAUCAGACAUGGGAGGACGCGGCUCCAAACAGCCUAAAGUCUCCUACAGUUGCAUCUACUGCAACAAGCAAGUAUUCUCCAGUUUGGCUGUGCUUCAAAUUCACCUGCGGACAAUGCACCUUGACAAACCAGAGCAGGCUCACACUUGCCAGUUUUGUUUGGAGGUUCUACCCUCUUUGCUAAAUCUAAAUGAACAUCUUAAGCAGGUCCACAACGCAGAAGACCACGCUGCCCUGUUAGUCAGCUUGCCUGAUCCCCUCCUUCAGUGUAACUUCUGUCCUGAGGUAUUAACCGACCUCAACGCCCUCCAGGAACACAUUCGCUGCUCCCACGGCUUUCCCAGUCCUGUGGCAAAGGAGAGCAACGCCUUCUUCUGCCCCCAAUGCUUCAUGGGGUUCUUGACAGAGAAUACCUUGGAGGAGCAUGUUCGUCAGACUCACUGUGACGGGGGAAGCCUGCGCUUCGACUCCCCCCUGGCUGUAACUCCCAAGGAGUCUAUAGUAGAGGUGUACUCCUGUUCGUACUGCACCAACUCCCCCAUAUUCAACAGUGUUCUGAAGCUCAACAAACACAUCAAGGAGAACCACAAGAACAUUCCACUGGCACUUAACUACAUCAACAACGGAAAGAAAUCCCUGCGCACCCUCAGCCCUUCAUCUCCAAUAUCCGUGGAACAAACCAUGCUGAAACAAGGCAGCUCGGCCUCACGCACUACCAGUGAGUUCAUAUGUAAUCAGUGUGGAGCCAAGUACACCAGUCUAGACCUUUUCCAGACUCACCUAAAAACUCAUCUGGAUGGCAUGCAGCCUCAACUCACCUGCCCACAGUGCAACAAAGAGUUCCCCAACCAAGAGUCCCUGUUGAAGCACGUGACAAUUCACUUCACUAUUACCUCCACGUAUUACAUCUGUGAGAGCUGCGACAAGCAGUUCACUUCAGUGGACGACCUGCAGAAGCACCUACUGGACAUGCACACCUUUGUGUUCUUUCGUUGCACUUUGUGUCAGGAGGUGUUUGACUCGAAGGUGUCCACUCAGCUCCACCUCGCCGUCAAGCACAGCAAUGAGAAAAAGGUGUACCGCUGCACCUCCUGCAACUGGGACUUCAGGCACGAGACUGACCUGCAGCUACACGUCAAACACAGCCAUCUGGAAAACCAGGGCCGCGCCCACCGCUGCAUUUUUUGCGGGGAGUCUUUUGGCACGGAGGUGGAGUUGCAGUGCCACAUCACAACCCACAGCAAGAAGUAUAACUGCCGCUUCUGCAGUAAGGCCUUCCACGCCAUCGUCCUUUUGGAGAAGCAUUUGAGGGAGAAACACUGUGUGUUUGAGGGAAAGGCGCAGAACUGUGGUGCUAAUGGCUCUACUGUAAUUGGUGGGGACAGCCAGCCUAAAGAAGAUGCCGAGCUACAUGGUCUCCUGACUAACAGCCAUGGUCCAGGGGCUGUGGUAGGAUCCGUGGUGGAGACUCACAACAGCCAUGAUGGAAGCGAGGAAGAGGUGGACACUGCAGAUCCCAUGUUUGGUUGUGACAUCUGCGGGGCGUCUUACACCAUGGACUCGCUUCUCACCAACCACCAGUUGAGGGACCACAAUAUACGCCCUGGCGAAAGUGCCAUGAUGAAAAGGAAAGCUGACAUGAUUAAGGGCACCCACAAGUGCAAUGUCUGCUCCCGCACCUUCUUCUCUGAGCCUGGGCUGAGGGAACAUAUGCAGACCCACCUUGGGCCUGUCAAACACUAUAUGUGCCCCAUCUGCGGGGAGCGCUUCCCUUCCUUGCUCACCCUGACUGAGCACAAGGUCACCCAUAGCAAGAGUCUGGACACGGGCAGCUGCCGCAUUUGUAAGAUGCCACUGCAUAGCGAGGAGGACUUCCUGGAGCAUUGCCAGAUGCACCCUGACCUGAGGAACUCCCUGACAGGUUUCCGCUGCGUGGUGUGCAUGCAGACAGUCACCUCUACGUUGGAGCUCAAGAUCCACGGUACCUUCCACAUGCAAAAGACCGGCACCAUGUCCGGCAACCACCAACCCGUGGGCCGCAAUAUCAUCUCUCAUAACCAUCAGCAGCACCAGCAGCACCACCUACAAAAACCUUUCAAGUGCGCCUCUUGCCUGAAAGAUUUCCGGUCCAAACUAGACCUGGUGAAGCUGGACAUCAACGGACUGCCUUACGGACUCUGCGCGUCCUGCGUGACGGCAGCCGGCUCCAAGAGCUCCAGUCCGACGGUGAACGGAGGAAGGCAACAACAGCAGCAGCACGGCAGAGCCACCACUCCGGCGACAACCACAGCCGCGUGGAUCCAAGGGGAGAGCCUCAGCCCCGGAGACGGGAAAGGCAAAGCCGUCUCGUCGUCAUCUUCAUCCUGUUCUACAUCCUCAUUGUCCGCUGCCAAGACACGAUGCUCCAGCUGUAAUGUGAAGUUUGAGACCGAAGCAGAGUUGCAAAACCACAUCCAGACGGUGCAUCGGGAGCAGGCUGGGGACAGCAACGGCGGGCAGCUCAAGACCCCCCAGGUGUCCCCCAUGCCCAGAACCAGUCCUUCACAAACUGAAGAGAAGAAGACCUACCAGUGCAUCAAAUGUCAGAUGGUGUUCUACAGUGAAUGGGACAUCCAAGUUCACGUGGCCAACCACAUGCUGGGCUCACAAGUAUCUGGAUCACAUCACCAAAUAGAGGAAGGAUUGAACCAUGAAUGCAAGCUCUGUAGUCAGUCGUUCGACUCACCGGCGAAGCUUCAAUGCCACCUGAUUGAGCACAGCUUUGAGGGCAUGGGAGGAACCUUCAAGUGUCCGGUCUGCUUUACAGUAUUCGUCCAGGCCAACAAGCUCCAGCAGCACAUCUUCUCUGCACACGGCCAGGAGGAUAAGAUCUACGACUGCUCGCAGUGCCCACAGAAGUUCUUCUUCCAGACAGAGUUACAGAACCACGCGUUGACUCAGCACAGCAGCUAACAUGGCAAAGAUCAGCGCCGUGGCCGAGAACAAGGAUCACAUGACGCAGAGAAUAAUGUCUGACCGCCAAUUACCAUCAGUGCAGUUUCCCACUGACUCGUCUUUGCACUGAACUUUCGAUUCAGUUUCACCACAAGGAACCCUGCCACAGCAAGAAAAAAGAAAAGCAAAGAAAAUAAAAGAAAGAGGGGGGAAAGAACAUAAAAGAACCCUCUCCGUUAUUUCAAAAAUAAAGAAAACUUGUUUGUACAUAGAAUUCUUCAUGUGUUGCUUAACUACAGCUAUAUUGCAAUCUUAUACAGUAUUUGCCAAUGUACAGUUCAAAAUGUUUGUCCAAAAAAAGAGAUAGAGGGGGAAAAAAAAUAUCAAUGACAUUGUCAAUCAGACCAGAUGGGACUCAACCAGUUGUGCAAAGGGGAAACAGGGUGCCGCUGAGAGCGGAGGAAGCUGUAGGAAGCGGCAAGUGUUGUCAGGAGGACUCUUUUCAUCAGCGCCACUCCUACUGCGCAGUAUGUCACUCUGUAUCCUAACAUGGUCAAUCAUUAUGGGGUAGGAAAAGCUUGAUUCACCAGCAUAGGCUGAGAUCUUGUCUGUGUGUCCGUCGUAACAUGGCUGCCAGAGGACCAGCUGAGAACGGCGGUGCGACUAAUCUGCGCUGCCUGAGUUCAGAUGAGAAAAAAAAAAAAGAGAGAAAAAACAACACGGAGAACAGAAAAACAGGACAGGAUGCUGAUAUAUGCAAACGCAGUGACACAGAUUUGGAAAAGGCUAGUUCCUCUGGUUGGCUCGUGAACAGAGGCGUGAAGCUCCCAUGUGGCUCUCAGAGCAUGGGGGAAAUCUCCAGCCCACUGACUCAACCUGUACAUUUCUGUUGUCAAUGUUUACUGCUCGUUGAAGCCUGGAGAUUACUGGAAUUUUUUCUUUAUGUUUUGUUAUCUAUACAUAUUUUUUCGCAGUGGGGGGGGGAGUAAAUCCAUUUGGAUUUGGGGUCAUGAAGACUGAACAUAAUUGCAGUCUGUUUUGGGGAUAAACCGUAGUUACAAAACUCCGUCCCUGGCUCUCCUGGAGAGUGCCCAACUACCCCUCUUGUUUCUUUUGCAGUGUCCCGUUGCUCAAGCUGGAAGCCACUGUGGCGUCAUAACGAAAACUUUAAAAACCAUUAUGUUCUGUAAAUGUUUUGCAUUCAUUGAACCUGAGAUGCACUUUUGUAUAAAACUUUAAUGUUUUGACAUUUUGAUUGAGAAUUGUUCGUACACAGUUUACAGGAAAUCACCAUCUCCUGCAGCAAAAGGACAGUUAUCUCCGAUGUUAUUAAAAUGUAUUGUACAAAAUAUGGAGUUCUGUAUUUGGCAGACCUCGUUUUUUUGUGUUGCACAUGUGAUGGAAAUAUUAAAAACUGUAUGAGGAAA